AUGGAGAUGAGCAACAUGAGGAACAUGAGGAACAUGAGGUGCUUGCGGGAAAUGUUGACGAUUAUCUGUAUAAUUAAGGUGAUGAAAAUGUGUCAUGGUGGAGGUAUUGUGUUGGGGAUGUGUCAUGGUGGAGGUGUUGUGUUGGGGAUGUGUCAUGGUGGAGGUAUUGUGUUGGGGAUGUGUCGUGGUGGAGGUAUUGUGUUGGGGAUGUGUCAUGGUGGAGGUGUUGUGUUGGGGAUGUGUCGUGGUGGAGGUAUUGUGUUGGGGAUGUGUCGUGGUGGAGGUAUUGUGUUGGGGAUGUGUCAUGGUGGAGGUAUUGUGUUGGGGAUGUGUCAUGGUGGAGGUAUUGUGUUGGGGAUGUGUCAUGGGGGAGGUAUUGUGUUGGGGAUGUGUCAUGGUGGAGGUAUUGUGUUGGGGAUGUGUCAUGGUGGAGGUAUUGUGUUGGGGAUGUGUCGUGGUGGAGGUAUUGUGUUGGGGAUGUGUCAUGGUGGAGGUAUUGUGUUGGGGAUGUGUCAUGGUGGAGGUAUUGUGUUGGGGAUGUGUCGUGGUGGAGGUAUUGUGUUGGAGAUGUGUCAUGGUGGAGGUAUUGUGUUGGGGAUGUGUCAUGGUGGAGGUAUUGUGUUGGGGAUGUGUCGUGGUGGAGGUAUUGUGUUGGGGAUGUGUCAUGGUGGAGGUGUUGUGUUGGGGAUGUGUCAUGGGGGAGGUGUUGUGUUGGGGAUGUGUCGUGGUGGAGGUAUUGUGUUGGGGAUGUGUCGUGGUGGAGGUAUUGUGUUGGGGAUGUGUCAAAGUUCAGGUAUUGUGUUGGGGAUGUGUCGUGGUGGAGGUAUUGUGUUGGGGAUGUGUCGUGGUGGAGGUAUUGUGUUGGGGAUGUGUCAUGGUGGAGGUAUUGUGUUGGGGAUGUGUCGUGGUGGAGGUAUUGUGUUGGGGAUGUGUCGUGGUGGAGGUAUUGUGUUGGGGAUGUGUCGUGGUGGAGGUGUUGUGUUGGGGAUGUGUCAAAGUGGAGGUGUUGUGUUGGGGAUGUGUCGUGGUGGAGGUAUUGUGUUGGGGAUGUGUCGUGGUGGAGGUAUUGUGUUGGGGAUGUGUCGUGGUGGAGGUAUUGUGUUGGGGAUGUGUCAUGGUGGAGGUACUGUGUUGGGGAUGUGUCAAAGUGGAGGUGUUGUGUUGGGGAUGUGUCGUGGUGGAGGUAUUGUGUUGGGGAUGUGUCAAAGUGGAGGUGUUGUGUUGGAGAUGUGUCAUGGUGUAGGUAUUGUGUUGGGGAUGUGUCAUAGUGGAGGUAUUGUGUUGGGGAUGUGUCAAGAGAUGCUGUUUGAAGCAGUUGGAGUGGUCCUGCAUGCUGAAGUAGCGGAGAAGAGAACAAACAGUGCGAGACGGCUCAACUCUGGUAUGUAA